CUCGAUCGCGUCGUACGUGCUGAUAUAGUCGCGAUCGAAAUUGAUCUCGUCGGCCAUGAAUCAUGAAGCUCGUCUAGCUUGAAAUUCGUCACGUGACGUCACAGUUCCCAGCGUUCCCGCUCGAGCGAAGUGGAGAAGCUGGGCCCAGUCGAGUCUACCAGGCGGAGCGAAAAUUGUCGUGGGGCUUUCGACGUGUGAUUCUCCGAGUUUCUCGGCGUUGUCGAUCGUAUUUUAAGCGGGCCAUCACGCGUUUCCGGUCGUAGUUUUGGAUUAUCGUGUCCAAGUAUCGUUCCGCGAUGGAUAAAGCUCGUAAUUUUCGUCAAAUCGUAUCGAUUAUACUUCGCUCUACGACAAAGGACAUCUUGUCGCGCCGCCAUGUUGCACCACCAUGUCGCUCUUAUUAUACUUUAAUAUCGUACGUUACUCUUUAGAACUGUGUCGUGAAUCUUCGAGUCAAAAAUAUCUAGCGAAGAGCGAGAGAAAUACAUAUAUCAAUCGGAUAUUGUCAAAAUACGCGAUCGCGAGUGUAUAUAUAUAGUGUUCGAAAAACGAUAUCCUUGUUUCGCGAAGUGCCGGAUUCUCGGAAUAGUGAAAUAUUGAAUAAAGUGAAGUGUGUAGUGGCCAAUUUGGGAAUAUCGGCGACUUCAAAGUGCGUCGCGGGGAAAGUCGCCAUCAUCGUUCGAUAAGGCCCUUCGAAAAAAGCGGCGACGCGAGAAUGGAGCAUCGGUUUUAUUCGCGCGCGAAUAAGCUCCCGCGUUCUCGCGUUUUACCGAAACGUGUCGAAGAUUGUAAUAAUUAAAAUCCCCGAGCGUCGCCGCACGUCGCGAACGAAAAAAAGUAACGCGAGUGCAAGUGUUUCGAAGUUUCUAUGAGAGGAGGAAGAGGAGGAAGAGGAGGCCCGGGGAGGCUUCGGGCGAUGUUGGAGCAGCGAUAUGGUUACAACUUUGCUGCUAUGCAUCGUAUCGGGUGUAGCCGCCUGAAUACGCCAUUGGCAGCCACCACCACGCUGGAGGAUCCGGGUACGCCAGCCUCCUGGAAGGGCCCGCCGCCCGGUUCAGAGGCAUCGCCCUUUACGCCCAAUUCCGUCGGUCAGGGCGGUGGUCCUGGCUCGGGUCCGUACAACAACACGGGCGGUCCACCUAGCAAUGCGGGUUUCCAAGGUCCGAGUCCGUUUCCCGGCAGUGCCGGUAGUCCGGCCGGUGCACCGCCUUAUCAAGGACCCCGCCCGGUUCGGCUACGCCGCAAUACACCGCUUCCCCGGCGCCGAGCGGUUCCUCGACCCCCGGUCCCGGACCGCCGCCAAAUUCCACCGGGUUCCCGCCGCCCCCGAAUAACACCGGUCCGCCGUACAACGGGCCCGGGCCCAGUCCGUUCGGUUCGCCGUCCGGCGCGCCCCCGCAAUUCGUCGGUCGACCCGGUUCCUCGGGGCCGCCGUUUGUACCACCGGGUGCCGGUAAUCCACACUUUCCCUCGCAUGGUCAACCGUUCGGAGGACCGCAGUACGGUAUACCACCUGGAAGUCCCUUUGGACCGGGAGGCCACCCUAUGGCGGGACCCAUGGGUCCAGGACAUCCGGCGAUAA